AGAGACACAGCUGAGACAAGACAACUCCGUGUAGAGAGGAGGACAAACAGGAGGGAGAGCAGCAGAGGUGCUGGCAUUUGACGUUUGACUGAUGGAGUCUUUCUCUGGAGACACAGAAGAAAACACAGAAGACAUUCCAGGACGUAAAAAGUCCAAGUUCAAGGCUCUGAAAACUCGCCUCUUUGGGAAAAGCAAAAGAGCAGGUGGAGAGGAAAACACCAAACUCAGCCAGUCAGUCAGUGACAUUUCUGCUGGAAAGGGACUAGGAUCGGAUGAAGACUUGGUAUGCUCUCAGGGGAUAAUGGGGUCCCGAGCACUGUCCCAUGAAAGCAUCUUUCUGACUGGUCAUGUCCUGACAGACGCUGAACCAGCCAGGGACUCAUCCCAGCAGAAUGUUCACAGCAAGAUCAAAGCUCUGCAGACAAAGCUUCUGCAGCAGAAGCUGCAUUUUGGGCCACCACCUGCAGUUCUGCCCAUCAAGCGUCCAGAGGACCUGAGCAGUCAUUCAGAGGACUGUCUUGACCACAGCCCUCCUGAUGGCUCGAGAGAAGAUGUCACAUCCCAGGGAGCCCUCACCAAGACGACAUCCCAGCCAGCCUCUUGCCCAUUCUCCCCCUUCCCCAAAUCUCUACCUACCAAAUCUCUACCCCCAACUCCGUCCCAUUCUUUUUCUCUUUUUGGCCCCACCAUUUCUUCUUCUUCUACUGUCGAGUCUCCGUUAGACUUCAACACGCCAGCCCAGUUCACUCCCUGCUUGGAUACUUCUGCAGCACGUCACCGGAUGGCUGUCAAACCAAGAAACCAAAGGGCCAGCACGAAGAGGAAACUCACUGUAUCCCUGUCUCUUUCACACACCCUAAACAACGUCGACCACCUCAAAUCUGUGGACGAACAAGAGCAGGAGCUGGAUUCUCAAGAGGAAGUCACAGUCGAAACAGAACACACUACUGAAUCUCAGCAUCUUCCUUCCAAGUAUGCAGAGGUGGCACCUGUCACAUCAGAAGUGGCACCAAUCCUAUCAGAGGUGACAUCAAUCCUAUCAGAGGUGGCACCGGUAACAUCAGAAGUGGCACCAAUCCCAUCAGAGGUGACAUCAAUCCUAUCAGAGGUGGCACCAAUCCCAUCAGAGGUGGCACCAGUCACGUCAGAGGUGGCACCAGUCACAUCAGAGUUGGCAUCAGUCGCAUCAGGAGUGGCAGCAAUCCCAUCACAGUUGGCACCAGUCACACCAGACGCAGCACCCAAACCACCCAGUCUAAGUUUUCCCCAUCAGGACCAUCCUCUUCCUGGGAUAGCGCCCUCUGUACUUCGAGUUAAACCUCGUAGGCCCCUGGAUGCAAUGUCCAGUAAACGGCCACACUCGUCCUACAUAGAGUCAGAACUUAAGGGGAAACGAGAGGCGGAUUUUGAGAUACAAUUGAUGUCCCACGACAAGAGAAGCACACUAAACAAGGCUGGAGUGGCACAAGUUCCCCCUGACCCACUCUCCUCUACCUUCAACUCAAUGGUGAUGUUCAGGUCUUCCUCUGUUCGCCAGCAGGUUCAAGCUGAGGGCGACAGCACAAGAGGAAUAAGGAGACCUGCCCCAGGAUCUGGUUCUUUCCAUCUGUCCAUCAGCACUGCCAGAAACCAAGAUGGAGAAAGACCCCGAUCAGGCAGUUUUGUAGGAGUGCUGGAACAGACCGAAGCCAAACAUAAGCCAGUUGGGGGAAUUGAGGACAAAAGCGUGAGGGAAAAGGAGGAAAUCAGAGGCUUACAGCCCAGAGGAGGCCCCUUUGGUGUGGGAAGACUUAGGCAAGAAGAACCCAGAAGUACAGUUUUUUCAUGGGACAAAAGAGACAGCUUCAAAAAGGUAGAACCAGUGACACCAUCUAAACGUGUACCUGCAGAUACAGGGGCUGUCGAGAGAGAGGAGGUGGAAAGCAGCCAGGAGGAAGUGGAAGAGGCAGUGGAAGCAAAGGAGGUCCAGGAGGAAGAAGGAAAGACGGCGUUCGGCAUCAAACUGCGCUCCACAUCACAGUCAGUUAGAUUGCGCUCGAAUCCCAUUUCCAACCAUCAUUCAAAGACUGUGCUGUGCGAGGACCAAAGUGAGAAACAAAAACAACAGGAAACAAGAGAUUCUGCCAAUUUCCUGAUUGAAAAGCUGGCAGAAAACGUAUCUUUUACACCAACCAACCUUGGAGAACCCAGACCAAGAGAUCCAACCCCAUCUGGCCUCUCCCCUCCAGUGAAGCACAGUGCUCUAUUUACCAUCGACCCUCCCAUCAUGCCUACAGAAGUCCAGAUGAUUGCUUCCAACCCCAAAGAAGCAGAAACUGCACCCCAGGAGCCUGAGCCUGCCCCCCAGACAGCCGCAUCCGAGGUGUCCUGGAUGAGUCUGGCAAUGGAAAAGACCAGAAGCCUCCAGCAGCUCUUUACUAGUAGAUUCCCCAGAGAUUUUACGGGCAUGCAAACCGCAGCUCGACCACAAGCACAAGCGCAGCCAACAAAUCAAACAGAGGCGGUGACUGGGGCACAAAUACAAACUGUAAAGAUACAGCCAAGUGUAACACAGUCAGAGGCUGAAAAUCAACCAUCAGCUGAUACAGUGAAGGCAGAAGCAGUUUUAAGUCGGAGUCAAGCACAGACUGUGGGAUCGUUACCUGUGGUACAGCAAAAGGUGUCAGUGACGUCUACUGCUACCUCUAAAGAACCCCAAAAACAAACCAGAGAAGACCAGCUGAGUACAACUCUGUCCCAUCCCGUGUCUCAUCCAGCUGUACACGCCACCUCAUGGAUAACUCAAUCUCCAGUGCACUUCUCUUCACAAACAGAUGCCACAUCUCAGUUUGCACAAGGGAGCGCCUCACAGUCUUUUGCACAGUCUUACCUUUCCUCAAGCCAGCAGCAACCCUCCUGGAGCAACCGAAGUCCUGCUGCCCAGCUCAAAUCCACAGCUGUACCUCUGGCAUCAGUUGCAACCGUCUCUUCGGCUGCAACCCCUCCUUCAGUUUCUACCUUGGGAAGACAGGAAGGGGAAGCCACUGUCCAAAAAGACGCUCGGUCUCUUUCAGUCAGGCGAGCAGUUUGGAGUGGUUCCGUCAGCGACAGGGCCGUGUUUUUGGAGAAACGGGCAGAAUGGAGCGCGCCGCCUGGACCCAAGGGGGUGGAAUUGAGGAAACCGCAAACAGAUGUGCAGACAUCAGAUGAACCACCUGCUCUGGUAAAAACUGCAUCUCUAAGCAGAGACACAAUGCCAGAAGGAAGACAAGGGGUGAAACUCGCAGAGUCAAGCCCCACUAAAGUUCUAGAAAGGCCUCUUGAGGAGAAAUGGCAGCGGAAAAAUGUGGCGGCAUCUUCAUUGCGGUCGUCGUCCCCCACACUGCCAUCGGGGCUGCAGUCCAUGUCGGACAGCGGACAGCCGUCCUGGAUGGAACUGGCCAAGAGGAAGUCAAUGGCCUGGAGUGACAAGACCAUGGACUGAGAAGGAAAGCAGAGGGAUGUACAGGGUGUGGAAACAAGAAUGUGAACAGCCCUGCUCACAAAUACGACCUUUAUCAAGGUGCUGAGUGUUCGCUGAGGCUGUCAGAAAGAUGUCGAUUCAACUCUGUGGUAAUUUUUAAAUCUGUUUGUAUUUAAUUGUAAAAAAAAAAAUUUGUUAAU